AUGGAAGUGUCAGCACUAACAGGCGAAAAUGUGGUAGACCUUUUCUCCAAAGUAGGUAGGUAGAAUUGACUAUUCAUUGAUCUAAAUGGGUAAGCUUCAAAAGAAACUGUGGUGCUGUGUCGGUGGGAGAGUAUAACAGGGUAAUUAAGUAUUAUCAACUGAGCUGAUGACGUAAAUUGGCCAACGUAAAGAGUUUCAAAGCACACGUUUUGAGCGUCAGCCCUUCGUGGGAGUGAUUGGAGGAGCUGUGGGUUGUGUGUGUGUUUAUACGCAGAAAAUGAUUGAGUGUGCUGAUUUGAAAGAUAAAUUUUUGUUCUAGAAUUUUGCAGCUUUUCGAACUGCCUAGAUAUAAGGAAAGGCCGAAAACUCUUAAUCCCCACGGUAUCAACGAGCGCCUUUUAUUUAACUGGCCCUGGGGAUUAAGAGUGCCGAUUUGAAAGAUGUUUCACCAAUGUAUAAAAACUUUUUGCAAAAGUUUAUACAUUAGUGAAACAUUGGAAGACGACUAGGUGACCGAUUCCGAGAACACCAUCGCGACGUAGAAAGAAGUGACAAGGACGCAUCCAAACCAGUCGCCAGAGACUUUAAUCUCCCCAACCAUUCUGAGCAGCAUAUGGUAGUUUGCGGCCUUUCCCUACAUGUAGGCAGUUCGGAAAGCCGCCAAACUCUAGAACAAAAAUUUAUCUUUCAAAUCGGCACUCUUAAUCCCCACGGUAUCAGCGGGUGCUUUUCAUUCAACUAAUUUAUUCUUGUUUUCUCGUCACCAUAUUCCCACCAAUAGCGUAGCUCCAUUUUCUGCAGAUAAACAGACACAAUCCACAAUGCCUCCAAUCGCUCUGACGAAGGGCUAACACUCGAAACGUCAGCUUUAAAAUUCUUCACGGUGGCUAAUUUACGUUAUCAACUUAGUUGAUAAUGCUAAAUUACCCUAUUCAUUGAUCUGUCUUACAAAGUGAAGGUAAAGUCUGCACUUGAACCCAUUAUCAUGUGAGGUACCAGAGCAGCUUGGGUGUAGGGCUCCAAUCAUUUCACCGCACCAUCUUGCAACAAACUGCCUUAUCAAUUACACUGCUUUUUUAAGUAGAUGUGUUUUCUCUUAAUGUGUGUUUGGCAAAUGAUAUGCUUUGCGCGCAUUGCAACACUCUCCUUCUGGUUUCUGGAGGCGUCUCAGGCGGAAGAAAAUAUUGAACGACUUAUCAUAACAUAAUUUAAAAGAGAAUGCUUUGUAAAUUAUCACAUACUCCACUCUUGUAUAAAGCCAGACUUACUGAUAACAUGGAGCUCGGCCAUGACAUUGAACGAGACCAUUGCAUUUCCAGCUCUCAUUAAUGGAAAUGAGAACACUUUCAGUGGAUAAGCCUUGAUAGAAAUCUCAUUGUUUUUGCAGACAAAUGUUUGUCAAUAAUUUGGUUGACCUGUUGUUGCUUUUAUACUCUUAUGAUAAAAAAUUGUUGAGUAUGGGUUUCUGACUAAAGACGAAUCGAAGGGGUGACUGUGGGAAAAUAUUUGUUACGAUUGUAUGUCUGUUGUGGCAGCGGUUGCUUUUAUCAAACAUUUGCUUGGAUGGCUAGCGGUCAUUUCCCCCCCUUUCCCCCCCCCCCAUUCCUGGAAAAAAGACAAAAAAAUUGGAAAUAGCAGAAUUUUUUUUUAUGUUUGCCAGAAGAAAAAACAAAGAAGUAUAAUGUUUUGUUCAUGGUGUUAUAAUUAGGUUGCUCCUGUUAUCUAAACCAGUUAUAUCAAUUUGUCUGAGCUGUGUUUAGUUGUCUUAAUGUGAAACUCCAGCACUUCUUUCCUAUUAAUAAAGGUUUCCAGGUAUAGUUCGUCAGAAGAGCCUUUUUGUCUAAUAGGUGUAGGCAUUAUUUAGGAUAUGGAGGGACAAAGCUGACAGGGAAUUGUCAUGUGGUGCUUAAUUUUUUUUCGAAUCAUUCGAUUUUGUAGCGAAACGUUCAGCUGGAACCCAACCCGUAGUCAAACAAAAGUUGGCUUUGAGAAGGAGAACUUGGAAUCUGAGUGAGGGGAAUUUGAACAGCGAUGAGAUGGAGUUUCUCAUAAGCAUUUUUAUGUCGAGGCCUUUGUCACCUGCAUAUAUCCAAUCGCUGAAUUUGAGCUACAACAAUUUUGCAAAUCUACCUGGUUUUUAUUUGUUCCCAUUGGAGACCUUGACGCGCUUAGAAGUGAAAGACAACAGAUUGUCCUUUCUGCCUACAAGUAUGAGAUGCUUGAAAGGACUUCAAGAGGUGGACUUGAGAAAUAACCAACUGAAGAAACUUGAUGUGGUUAGAGAACUGCCUAAACUUAGAAAACUAUUUGUUGAAGGAAAUCCGCUCUCACUAAAAGAGAUCAGAAGUCUUAUGAAGCAUGUGGAUACGACUACAAGAACGAUCUUCGUAGACAUUGCAGGUAGUGUUACAUGUAUAUGUGGCAAUAAAUCUUUUCCAUACUCGAGCCUGUCGUUCCGUCGUCGUGUAGAGAUCCAAAUUGGCGUAUACAGUAGACUCUCGUUAUUGAAUAAACCCACGGGGGAGGGGGGGAGAGGAGGGUUGGGGGAAGCUUUCGCUUCCGUAAGAGCGAGGGUCUGUAAGAGCGGAGUACGAGAGAAAAUAAUUGUUUUGUCUUGUAACAUAUGAGAUAAUAUGUAACUACGCAAAAAUAAAGUUUCUAACAUGGCCUCACGAACCGGAAAAAGAUCUGGCCGCAAAUUUUCAUGUUCGCACCCAAUUGGAGAAUGAUUUCUUUCUUUUCCUUUAUAGUAAUGUCGCUUUAUAGUGUGUGAGUCAGGAUUUUACACGAAGUUUCCGCUAUAGCAAGAGAAAAAAACAAGCGAAAUGUCGCGCGGGGGGUUAUGAAAGUGUCCGCAUUUCCGCAAUAGCGAGAGUCUGUAAUAGCGGGAGCAUAUUUCAGUCAUUUCUUUGUGCGUUUCUCCGGGGGAUGCCUCUUGUCUGCAAUGGUAGGGUGUCAGUAAUAGCGAGGUGUCCGUAGGGCGAGAGUCGAUUGUACACUUAAAAAUGCAACCUUCGCUUACUCUUUUACGUAUUAUGAUGAUUGAUGCUAAUAUGAAUCGUUGCAAGCUUCGUCUGAUAAUCCCUUUGUGGGCAUGUUUAAUUCAAAUUUGCCAACCAAUCGUUCUGGCUCUAGAGUCUCGGGGUGUGCACUUGAAAAAGUGUAACCGUCGGAAGCAGGCUGGUUUUGUUGUUGAAUGCAGUGUUCGUGUACUUCACAACUUUUGAAACCUUUUUCCAGACAUUUAAAAUUAAAAAUGGUACAGUAGAACCAGGCUUGAAGGCUCACUAUACAACAAAAGAUGAAAAAUCCCGUCACUAUUUUACGACAAGAAAAUGUUGAGGAAAUCUUAUGUGACAGAUUUAGCUGAAAUCUUGGAAAAAAUCAUUUUCUCUUCUAUCGAAAACAUUUAAUUUUCCAACAGUUGAUAUGACUUUCAUGGUAGUUAAUUUCAGUAAUGUGUUCCUUGUAUUACAUGUAUCACCCUCCACUUAACAAUUGGUUCAUACGUCAGCGUGCGUUCAUCGAGAUAUGAAGCACGCGGGAAGUUUGUAGAGUACGAAAGAUCCCAAGUGCUUCAUAUCUCGAUGAACGCACAGCUGAUGUAUGAACCAAUUGUCUUAAAACAUUUUCAACCCGAUGGUUUAAAUGUUGUUAAAAGGGUUACUACUCCCUCUGCUACGCUUCAGCGCGUUGAUAAUUUUGUUUUGGGAAAACAUUUCGCCACGCUGUAAAUGAUCUUGUCUUAGAUUGGUCAAAAAACUCACAGGUGAAUUCAUGCGUGUAAAUGAACUUUAUUUUCUGAUUGAAUACAAAAUUCUCUCAUUCAAAAGAAAAACAAAGAUGCUGUUUGUUGGCUGACGUCAUGAGCGUCCACAGUAGGAAUAUGAAGCACGCUCACGCAAUUGAAUUUGAUUAGACAAAGUUACUACCUAUGUCAUAAAAGGUCAUGAUGUAUCAUAGAAAUGUUCUUUGUUUCUCACUUUACUGUUCUACAAUAGGCAAUUAGUGCAAUAUUACAUUUUACUUUUCCCUCACUUGCAGCUGUAGCUCCUCCUGAAAUUUUGGCGCAAGGACAUUCCGCAAGACUGGUUUAUGAAGAGGCCCUUAGAGAUGGAUUUGUGAAUGUUUAUCGCGGUCGCAUAGUCUUGGUUGGCCAGGAUCGUGCCGGUAAAACAAGUUUAAAGAAGACUCUCUUAGGUCUUCCAUUUGACUUCAAGGAACAAAGUACGGCCGGGAUCGAAAUUGAGCCAUCAAAGUUCGAAAUUGAAGUUGAGCAAAUUAAGAACUGGACUCCUAGUUGUGCGAACAAGUCAAGUUUUUCUGAUUGUUCGGAAUAUACAACGGGUAUGGCAAAACUGUUAGCGACAGAAAGGUAUCACAUGAUUGUUCAUGAUGACAAGGAAGAAUCGGAAAUGAAAUCAGUAGGGGCACAGCCUAAGGAAGAACGCAGAGUGGAGUCAGGAGAUGAAUUGCACACAAAACAUGUUGUCGCCGAUCAGGUCCGUUUACUAUGUUUUUACUCUGAAACCCGACUUUUUAUGAAUGAUCUCAAACGAAUUCGCACAUUUAAUGCUCAUUUCAUUGUUUUGACAUAACGAGAUAGAUCGACAUCUACUGUGCAAAUGAAGAUGCUUGAACAGUAUUAAUAUUUCGUCUUAUUUCAAAAUGUUAGGCUUCCACGUACGAGGAUACGGCCACAAAGUUUCCAGAUAGAUCCGGGCCAUCAAGCGAAUUUCAUGGAGGAGAUAAUCCAAGCACAAAGUCCAAAAUAGCUAUCAACGCCACCGUACUUUCUAAUGCCGUUGAAAAACAGGCUGAUAAACUCUUAAAGAACAUGAUCGUUGAAGGUGUGGAUGCUGAUAGUGCAUACAUCGAGAAAGGAUCCUCGAUAACCGCAGAUUUGUGGGAUUUUGCGGGUCAGCAAGUGUACUAUGCUGCUCACUCGGUAUUUCUUUCGUCAAGAGCUGUGUACAUCGUAGUUCACAACCUUAACAAGUCACUGAAUGCCCGAGCUGAGCCAUGUGCCAGACAGGGAACUUAUGAAGUAACUUUGGAGAACCCAAACAAUGAGACAAAUCUAGAGAAUUUGCUGUCGUGGCUCGUGACAGUUCAUAAUAUGAGACCAACUGGAGAAGAAAUGGUUGAAACGCCUAACGUGCUGCCCUAUCUCCGACCUCCAGUGUUCAUUGUUGGCACCCAUGCUGACAAGCCAUAUGAAGAUACUAAGGAUGUUACAUCCAAGAUACUUCGUGAGAUUUCUAGUAAGGAAUAUGGAAAACAUGUGAUCCGACCAUUCUUCUACAUUGAUAACACUCAAAGAGACAAGUCAUUUGCGCGGAAAAUCUGGAAUUUCUUUAAAUUUCAAAGAAAUUCUCAAGCAGGUAAAUCAUGUGUUUGGGUUCAACAUGAUGUGUUAAUGAAGUUGGGUUUACUUUGAUUUCUAUCGCGAACAGACAAACGUAUCGUUAGAUAAAGUUGAUUGGAUUCACUGGAGAUUUACCGGUUGCUUUUCUACAUCUUAUUGUUAGCAUCCAUUUGUCCCAAUCUGGAUAUUUAUCUACUUUUGAUGUUGGCACCUUGUUAGUGCUUCGGUUAUUCUUUUUAGUAUGUAUUUUCUCUAUUUUCUUUUGUUGCUUUUUUUUAUUAACCUGGAUUGCCUAUGUAAAUACUAUUGCGAAUGCUUUCGUUGACCAAAUUAUCUUCAACUAGUGAAAUUUAUAAUAAAUUGCAAUGAUAGUGACUCAAAGUGCUGCAGCAGAAAUAGACCUUUCCGAAUACGAAACUGGGGAUCAUGAUCUUAGUUGCAAUCAAACUUGUAUCGAAAGUCCAAGGAGAAAUCUCUGCCCCACCGUAGCUUCUCUCAACAGUACUAAUUGUUUCACACAAUUUAUAAUUGAAAGGUCAAGAAAGAGACAAUGGCACUAGUGCCGAUGGAAUUCAUGCUCUUCGAGCGAGAAUCCUGGAAGUACUUCGACAGGAACCUUAUAUGGGAGAGAAGAUACCAGUGAGGUGAAGUACUGAUGUAUAAUAUUAUAAAAGAGAUGUUCAGCUCAUUUUUUUUCUAACAAUAGCUGUACUGAAACGUACGAGUGGCGUUCACAGCCGGUUCCUCUGCUUGUCGAGUUCGCUACGUUCGAGUUUGCUACAUGUUUGCUACUUACAUGCCGAAUUCGCUACUUCAUCCUACCAUUCUAUGCUCACACUAUUAGCAUAAUUUACCAAUUCCCACAAACGAUUUACGGGAACUUUUGCGGCUCAUACUUGAAGAAACUUAGAAAAAAAGAAAGAAAGAUUAUUCAUACAAACACAUGGCAUCGCCAUGGGAACUAACACACCAGCUGCUUUAUCUGCUGCUUUAUGGCAGACCUAGAAAAACGACUGUUAAUGGCUAGCCCCUCUAACCUUUGGUCUGGAACAGAUUUAUUGAUGAAAUUUUUCAUUGUGGGACAUUUCUAUGAAAGAAGCUUACAAUUUUGUUGACCUCGCCAAUUCGUUCCACCCCACAGUCAGAUUUACUGUGAAACGUAACCUCGCAACAAUCAAAAAAAUCAACGAGGCGGUUAAAAGCAAACUAGAAGGAAAUUUGCACAUGAUCAGUUUAACUGACUCCUAAAAACGUCAAUCACGCAAUUGGGAGUAUAAAUUACAGAUAUUGCUUGUUGUUUACUGUUAAAAGAGAAAUUAAAAAUCUUAAUUAACAGAGGCAGCGAAUUCGGCAUGUUAUCAAGGCAUAUUCUAAAGUUAAAUUUAGAAAUUUCCAAACUUUGCUACAUGCAAUUUGCUAUCUGAUGUAUACCUUUCUGUUACUUAGACUAAUUAUAAUUUUUUUAUAUUUCUAGAUGGUUUAACUUCGAAAAGGUCAUUGAAGCUUUGGUAGCUGAGAAUGUAUACCACUCAAAUACUGUCCAUCUUCAAACCUAUGCCAAGGAUGUAUGUUUUAUAGAAGACGAUGAACAGUUUCACACCAUGUUGAAUUUCUAUCACGACUUAGGUUUGAUUGUGAAACACCACAGUACAGUCAUUCUGAAGGCACAGUGGUUAAUCAGUCUAUUCAAGAAGCUUAUAACCAUCCCAGCAUUCAAAAAGCGGUAGGAAAAGAUAAUCUUCUAUGCAUCGAGAUGAUUGCAGAUCGUAGGCAGGAUUUUUUACCAUCCCCAACUUGCGCUUGACGAAAAAAAUGUUAAUUUAAUUGACUGUUUGUCCGUUUGUUUUUUUUCACAUUGUUUACACCUUUUACAACAUUUUGAGUUUUCUCCAUAACUUUCAUGUGUCUCUCCCUCUCCUCCAUUUCAAUAUUGACAAAAUGGUCACUAAUUUAUUACGACAUCGUUUGAGGGUGGGGAGGUAAGGGGGGCAAUUCAAUAAACUAAUUAGAGAUGAAUAACAAGAUUUUUUUAAUCAUUUGAUUAUGUUGACUCAUUUCUAAGGAGGCUUGCCAACAACUACAUUUUACCACUCAUUGUACCCUUAGUAAUGAGGAAAGGAGAGAUUUUUUGGUCCACUGCAAAAUUAAAUGGGGCAUUUUAAAAGAACAAUUGGUAGAUUGAACUUAUUUUAAAUAGGGAAUUUGUGGUUUCAGGAUCCUGUGCAUUCCAAGUACUGGCUGGAACUCGAGACAAGUGGUGUCCUUAGGAUGGAGCUUGUUGAUCACGCUUUUCCCCUCUUAUUCAGCAAGGCGUUAUCAAGGAAGACAUCUUGGACAUGAUGGAGCAGUUUUGUUUGAUUGCCAAAUACUCACCAUCCCCGGCUGA